CUCCACCCAACAGGCGGCCGCUCAGCAUCUGUUGGUGAGCGGAUCAGGGCAGUGCUCAGUGCGGGGAAACAGCAGGAGCCUGAACGCAACUGUCAACAACACCGGCUCCGGACCACGGACUCAAAAAGUUGACUUAAUCUGUGUGUGAUCCAGCAUUUUGUCGGUGAUUCAGAUCACGCUGGGGACAUGCCGGAACACGAGGGGACUCGUCGGUCACCGCAAGGUGUCCCCUACACCGACCUGCCGCACAUCGUCAACGCCGACGGACUGCACUUGUUCUGCCGUUGCUGGGAGCCCGACAGUCCGCCGAAGGCACUGGUGAUUGUUGUCCAUGGAGCAGCAGAGCAUUGUGGGGGAUACGCUGACAUUGCUCACAGUCUGAUGCAACAUGGCAUGCUGGUGUUCGCCCACGAUCACGUUGGUCAUGGUCAGAGUGAAGGUGAGAGAAUGAAUAUCAAAAACUUCCAGAUUUAUAUCAGAGACUGCCUUCAGCACAUUGACAUCAUGAAGGCGCAGUAUCCCAAUCUGCCAGUCUACAUCAUUGGCCACUCGAUGGGAGGAGCGAUUUCCAUUCUUACUGCAUGCGAGAGACCACAGGAUUUUGCAGGUGUGGUUCUCAUAGCUCCUUUGGUUCAAAUGAAUCCUGAAUCUGCUACACCCUUCAAGAUUUUCUUGACUAAAAUUCUAAACCGCUUGGCUCCCAAACUCUCUCUCGGCUCUAUCGAAUCCAAAUUGGUCUCACGGGAUCCCAAACAGGUGGAGGCAUAUGAAACCGAUGAGCUAAAUUAUCACGGAGGGCUGCGCAUCUCAUUUGGAAUGCAGCUGAUGGAUGCGGUGGCUCGAAUCGAGAGAGAAAUACCUAACAUCACUUGGCCCUUCUUUAUUCUCCAUGGCGACGAAGACAAGCUUUGUGACAUCAGAGGCUCUCAUCUAAUGUAUAAUGAGGCCAAGAGCACUGAUAAAAAACUGAAGGUAUAUGAGGGAGCUUACCACGCCCUACAUCAUGAAUUACCUGACACAACUGAGUCUGUCUUAAAGGAGAUAGGCACUUGGAUCCUGGACAGACUUUCCACCACUAAUGAGCCUUAGCUGUCAAUCAUCACAUCAGCCCUUGCCUAAGCCCUGCCCUGUUUCUAAUGUUUCAUCUCUACUGACAAAGGCUGUGUCUCGUUUGGAAGGAUAUGUCCUCCGGAGGUCGUGUCCUUUGAAGGCUGCAAUAUACUGAGUGUCCUCCUUUAAACAAGUCACGUUUAAACGAGACAGCCUUCGUAGGACGAACAGAAACGGAACGGAACAUGGUUGCUAUGACAGCACGCCACUCUUUAACAAGCGCGAGUGCUUUGAGUGAGAAGGGAACAAAGUCCCUCUGGAAGGGAAUGCAUGAGGUACAUUUUAGGAGAGUUAUAAUGAUGUAAAGAGAAAAGCAAAAUAGAUUUUACAGGUGUACUUCUAGUCUAAUACUUUAUUUUAAUUAUAUAAUAUAUAAUUACAAUAAAGUAUUAGACUAGAAUAAUGCAUGAAGCAAAGAAUUGUAGGUUGUGAGUGCCCACGAAGGAUACACCUCAUGCAUCCUCCGAAUUCCCAUGAAAGAAGGUCGCAUUCGAAGGCUGCAUUCGAAAUGUCUACUUGCUUUUAUGAAAUGAGACAGCCUCGAUGACGUAUGCGGCUGACAAAUGCGACCUCCGGAGGACACAUCCUUCCAAACGAGACACAGCCAAAGAGAUGUCUAACUGCACUACAUGCCAACAAAACUACUCAUUAUGAUUUAUCUAGGAGACAUAAGUGGUCACUGGUAAGUGAUCUUUGACCUUAAGGUCCCAUUAAGCUUAAAAGUUGCCAGUGAAGCGGUUCUGGGGGAAUUUGUGUUGUAAGACCGUGACCCAUUCUUCAAAGGCAUCAGCACUGCAGGGUUUGGUUCAUGUGAUACCAUAGUAAUUGAUGUGAGGAAUAUAAUUAUCUCAGCUGCCCUAGGCUCUAAGCUCGUUUUUGUUGCCACAGUAAUAGAUCACAGCUGCAAUUUGCUCUUUGUGUUGUCCAGUGCUCAUUAGAAAUACAGUGCUGCCCCUGCUGGAUAACAGCAAUAUUGCAUUCUGCUUUGAGUUCAGUUACCAAGGCAACUCAAAGAUGUAUUGCCUAUGCCUUGGCAGAGAAACAAACUAAACCUAUAGAAAGAAAACAUAAUAAUGCACAGAGGUGUUUAAAGAGAUCAAAAUGUCUGCAGGGAAAGUUUAAUGCUGGAGUUUGUAAUUUUUUUGAUGUUAAAAUACUUUAUACCAUCCCAGAUUAAUAUGCAGUUAAAACUAUAAGUAAACCAUUUGUCGGUUGAUUCUCCUGUAACGUGUUAACACUGUGGCUCUGUGGGGCUGUCAAAACAUUGCUGUUUGUUUGAGCAUUCGACCAGCCUGACACAGCAAAUAUUUGCUUGACCAAUGCCACGUCUUUGGGGCUGAACUAUCUGUUUGUCUGAUUAAUGUUAAAUGGGUGGAGUGUUACUAUUAUUAUUAUUAUUAUUAUAAAAUUUUUUUGCAAAUCCGUUUGGUGACGCUAGUGCUGCAGAAAUUACACACUUCCCCUUAAACACUGCACUCAAAGAAAUUCAUUAACAGACUCUCUAACUCAAUUAGAUCUCUAACUCACACAUCUAUGCAGGAGAUCAUACAGAUUCCCACAUUUAGAGAUAUUCACAUACAGGAGAAUUUGAAAAGGUUCAGUUUUUUUUUUCUAUUAUAAACUUUUAUGAGUUUCUAUUUGUGACUUGACUGUUUCAAACACAUUAGACUGUUCCAUUCCUUAGUGCAGACAGGGGAAAUGCCUUGCCUUUUGAUGUUAAUUUGAAGAAUAUGAAAUCUUUUUACAGCUGAUACUUUCUUCUGGGUUCUGGAAAUGUAAUAUCCCAUUCUUUGUUUUUACCAAUUUUUGGUUCGUUUGAAUACUCUAUGACUUACCAUGUUACUGUUAAAAUUAUACUAUGUAUGCAGUAGCUUUUGACCUCAUUGUAGACCUCAGGGUUAGACAGAGAUCAGCCUGGGUGCUCAUAGGGUUUGUAGCUCUAAAAAAAAAUUAAAUUGUAAAAGGUCAGUCUUUCACACCAGCUUAAUAUUUAAUGCGCCUCAGAACUGUUCUGAUUCAGACAAAGGGGAGUUUGUUGUGGAGAUUUGCCUUUAAUCCUCAGAAGCAUUUUAUCAGUGAAUGUGAAUUAAGAUUUUUCCUGUUACUGAAUGUGGCACAUUUUUAAUGGAAGGGACAUGUAAAAAUAUUGUUUCUCUAGUUAAAAUAUAUAAAUUCUCAUAGCCUGUCUGAUUAAGAUCAGUUUGAAAAAAUACUGCUCAGAACUGAAAUGUCCAGCACAAGGUUGUAAAUAGUAUUUACAAUUGUGUACAAGCUUUGAAGAGAGAAUAUGUAGAGAGAAUCUAUAUAAAUUUUUGAUGUUUAUUUUACAUGUAAAGCAUUUUAUUAAAAAUAUUAAUUCUCAAUCAUUAAAAAUAGAGAAAAAGACAGAUCUCAUUUUACUUGUACAUAUCAGGUAUGCUGUACUUUGGUUUAAAAAUGUACAUUUGGCAAAAAGCACACUAUAUAUUCAUUAGUGAUGAUCAGUGACCUGACUGUUUCUGUAACUCUUUUAAAAUCUUCCUAACAUGAAAGUGCUAGGACCACUGUGAUUGGAGGAGUGGGUAUUGUAAUAUUCUCAAAGAGAUUACCUUUACAUUUGGCAAUAAUGCAUGAUUCAAUUUGUAUAAGUACAGCCCAUUUGGGUUGCUUGGUUCCAUUAUGGCAUCUAUAAUGACUCAUACUGUUGCACUGUCCUAGUACAUGGCACAUCUAAUAUAAAAAAAAGGUUUUUGAAUUCUUAAAUGUUGUUAUAUAUUUAAUAUGUGACUGAAAGGACUCUUUAUUUUAUUGAAUAUGGUCAGAUAAUUGUCUUUGAAUGCAAAGUUAUAUAAAAUAAAUAAAUGGAAAUUCUGAAUGA